CUGGUAGACCUGCAGGCGGAUAGCGAUGAGAGCCAGCGGACCCACCAGCAGCUCAAGAAGAAAUGCCAGCGGCUCACAGCAGAGCUUCAGGACACCCGGCUGCACCUGGAGGGCCAGCAGGUCCGCAACCACGAGCUGGAGAAGAAGCAGAGGAGAUUUGAUAGCGAGCUCUCCCAGGCUCAUGAGGAGACCCAACGGGAGAAGUUACAGAGAGAGAAGCUACACCGGGAAAAGGAUGCCCUCCUGGCUGAAGUUUUCAGCCUGAAGCAGCAGAUGGAGGAAAAAGACAUGGACAUUGCUGGCUUCACCCAGAAGGUGGUCUCUCUGGAGGCGGAACUCCAGGACAUCUCUUCUCAGGAGUCCAAGGAUGAAGCCUCUCUGGCCAAGAUCAAGAAGCAGCUCCGGGACCUGGAAGCCAAGACCAAAGACCAGGAAGAGGAGCUGGAUGAACAGGCAGGGACCAUCCAGAUGCUGGAGCAGGCCAAGCUCCGACUCGAGAUGGAGAUGGAGCGGAUAAGACAGACCCACUCAAAGGAGAUAGAGGGCCGAGAUGAGGAAGUCGAAGAAGUCCGCCAGUCAUGCCAGAAGAAGUUGAAGCAGAUGGAAUCCCAGCUAGAAGAGGAGUAUGAAGACAAGCAGAAGGUGCUACGGGAGAAGAGGGACCUGGAGAGCAGACUCAAUGCCUUGAGUGACCAGGUAGGCAGGACCAGGGGCAGGGCUAGGCCUGGCUCAAAUGAGAGCCAUUAUGGUGGCAGGCAGGACCCCUGACCCCCACACACUUCUAGUGGGGUCAUAGAGGGAAGAGGCCUGGGCCAGGCCCCUCAGCCAGGAAGGGUCCCAAGAGGUCUCCACUCUCCAGCAUAGGACUGGCCAUAAGGCAUCAGGGGGAGGGAGGCAGUGAAGGAUGACAGAGAGACAGAGGAGAGAGACAAAGACACAGAGAGAGAGGAAAGAGGAAAGAGACAGAAAGAGAGAUAC